AUGUCCCUGGACCCCUUUGACACAGAGGCUGGGCUGCGGACCGAAGACCAGUCAAUGGAAAGCCUUGAUACUAUUAUUCGCGACGGCGAGUCUCCUCAACUUGAAGUCGGGAACAUAUCUCUGGACGCGCCACGGCAGGACCUCCUAAACAGCAUCUUCAACGGUCCCAAUCGCUUCCCCGACGUCCCACCCGCCUUCGAUGAGGACCCUAUCAUCCGCGACGUGUACAUCGACGUGUUUCUCGCGGCGUCGUUCGACCACGUCUCGCGUGCAGAAGCUCAGCGCAUGCUGUCGAGCGCGAACCGGACUCUCGUGGCGAUGUCGAAGCGCUUCGGUAACGAGCUGCGAGGACUCGGCGAGAUGGCGCGCACUCUCCCCGACGUCCAGCGUCGACUGGGCUUUGACUCCGGUCAACACGUGGUCUACUACUUCGUCUGCGACAUAUGUUGGUCCCGCUACCAUCCCUCUCAGCUCUACCGGCUCGAAACCUCGGAAUGUACGCAACCUGGAUGCUCUGGCGUUCUCUUCGUCACGAAGGAAAGCGGUGGGCGUACGGAUCGGAUACCGGUCAAGGUUCUCCCUGUCGCAAGUCAACUCGAAAGCUAG